GUUGAAUCAAUUGCAUCAGGUACGCUGCGAACAAGUAAAAUGGACCGAAUUAGAUGAAACAGGACGUAAAUAGCAAACAAACCAGAAACAACGUAAACUGAAAGGAAACUAGUUAAAUUUGAAGAAAAACAAUUCAUCUUAGAGAGAUUUCAGUACAUUAGCGGGUGACCUUUUUAGGUUGAAUAUAUAUCUCUAUUGAAGAACAUGGCAUCACUUAUAUCAAAUUUAUUGUCUUUGUUGAUAAGGGCAAUGCCUGUUAGGGCAAUGUCUAGUGUUCGAACGAACAAACAUGACCUACCGUUGCCUAGUAUUUGCCACGAAGACUUACCUACUUCUGCUGUUGGUGGACGGGCUGUCUUCGUCAUAGGUGACGUUCACGGUUGCCUCGAUGAAAUGAAUGGAUUAAUAGACAAAGCUAAAAACAUAGAAAAUGACACAAUGUUUGUCUUUGUUGGCGACCUAGUUAACAAGGGCCCAUACAGCGUGGGUGUCUUGCGCCGAAUCAGGGAAAUGAGGCUGAAUGGUAAUGCGUUUGCAGUACGAGGAAAUCACGACGAAAGUGCACUUAGAAAGUUUAUAAAUUACAAAACUGACCCAGAUUAUGAGAUACCGGAGGGAUAUGAUUGGAUUAAAGAAUUGAUGGAACAAGAUUUUAAUUUUCUCAGUGCUCUGCCAUAUACGAUAUCUAUACCUAGUCUCAACGCAAUAAUAGUGCAUGGUGGUAUAGUACCAGGGAAACCAUUAGAGAUGCAAAAAUUGAAUGACUUGACAAACAUGAGGAAUAUAAUUGACACCGGUGACGCGUUUGAAAACGAAGGCUUGAUUGGUUAUAACAAACCGGACAAAGGUGUGCCUUGGGUUGACAUGUGGCCUGGACCUGAACACGUGUAUUUUGGGCACGAUGCAAGAAGAAAACUACAACUUGCACAAUAUGCAACAGGUCUGGAUACGGGCUGUUGUUACGGUGAAGAGUUAACUGGAGUAUUUAUAAACAGAGGUCGCCAAAUUUUGUCUGUGAAAUCCAGACAGAAGUUUUCAUUUGACGAAGAAUAACAUUGUGAUAAAUGAAACUUUUUAGGAAUUAUAUUUGAAGGCAACGCAUUCAAGAUACAUUUAUUUGCUGACGUGAUAAAAUAUAUUAUACAUCAUAUACAUAUCUAUACAGUUAAAAUUUUACUGGUUUUAUUUUUAAUUCUAUUUUCUGGGUUCAACCAAUUUUGGCAUGAAAUAAUAUGAUUGAAGUUUAGACAUGCCUUUAGCUAUAAUGUAUUUCUUGAAGUUAUUAAAUCCUUAAAUUUCUUUUUACAGAUUGAUUUAAGGCAUCGCCUACAGUGGCGGCCAUUUGACUCAAAAUUUUACAUGCAAAUUUUCAUAAAAAUAAAAGAUGACUAAGUGGUUACAAUAAAGUCAAUAAAUUUGUCAUAAUUAUGUUUUAAAUAUCUAUGUGAACAUAUGCAAGUAGAAGGAUGUGCAUUUCACUACCUGUAUUAUGCCUUUAUUCGAUAUUUUUCUAUGACAAAAUUUUACAAUUUUACGUGCAGUCAAACUCAAUAUAUAUUCAAUACAAUUCAAAGAUAAUUACAGAUAAUUGUAAAGCAGACCGUGAUGAAUAAAGUCUUCAGAAAUUAUUUUGAAAUUUUACCUGAUUACUGAAUUAUACACAAAAAUCCCAACACCAUCAAUUUAUCCAAUUUGUGUUAUCUGUUCACACAUAAUUUACAUGUAUAUAAACAGGUGAUAUUAUAGGAUUAUGUAUAGGUUUACCUGGCUACCUGUGGUCAGUAAUGCAUGUACAAACAACAUUUUAAUUUAAAUUUACAUGGGGUUGUCUUUUUAUGUCUAAUGCAAUAACCAGGAACAAUUUCGACAAAAAUCCAUAAGAGUUUGCAGUAUACAUAUUGUACUAUGAAAUUAACUAAAUUUUGUCUUUGUAAUAUUUUUUAUAUUGGAGUUUGACUGCACAUAAAAUUUCAAUAUUUUGGGGUAAACGAGACUCAAACAUUUUACAAGCAGCAUAUGUACUAUAAAUCAUCAUAUGCUUCUUAUGUUGAUGAAAAAUUGACCAGCUGUUAAGGUAUUAGUGCAAUUUUCAAGAGAAAAAUACUUGGCCUGAAAAUAUGAACUGAUACUGAGUUGUGACUGUGGCGAUGCCUUAAUUCAAUACAGAAAAUUUUCUUUUUGAACACUAGUCCUACACAUUUGACGCAAUGGAUGCCCAAUAUUGGUUUGCCUAGUGACCCUGUUCGUAUGUUUUAUAUAUAUACAACCGAGUGUUUGUCAAACAUGUUAGUCAGAAAUUAUUUCAUUUUAUUUAA